AUGCCCUUCACCUGGGGGCGACAUCCCUCCGUCGCAGAACAGCACCCUACGUCCUUCGAUCCCUAUGACAAAGAGAAUAAUCAGGAUUUCCCAGACCACUCGCACGACAGGAUACACGGAGAUGAGCCCGUCCUAGGAGUUUCGCCCACGAUGGUUAUGAUAGGCGAUAGCCCGGAGGCGGAUACCGAUGUCGAGGUCGACAUCACCGCCGGGCAGAAGAUGCUCUCGGCCAUGUCUGGGAGUUUGUUAACUUCGCUUCUCGUUACCCCCCUAGACGUUGUUCGAAUCCGAUUACAAUCCCAGCCAACACAAUCGCCUCUCGCGGCCAUCCAGAAACUCGCCUCGAGCUCCCCACACUCCUUAACCUCACUCCCACCCAACCUCGGUGUUACGACCUGCUGCCGAGAAGUCUUCUUUGCCAACAACAAUGGCGACUUUUGUUUAGCUGCGCCAAAGGUCGGGGAGGUGACACAUUCGUCUGGAGCAGUGGGAUGUGCGGUUGAAGAGACAGAAAGGAGGAGCUUCAAUUCGACUUUCGAUGGCCUUCGAAAAAUUGCCCGGAAUGAGGGGGUCACCACAUUAUGGCGCGGCCUUUCUCCAACGCUGGUCAUGACAAUUCCGGCAAACAUCAUAUAUUUCACCAAUUACGAUUGGCUACGGUUCAGCAAGCAGAGUCCCAUCAACCGACAUGUUUCUGACGGCUAUGCUCCUCUUGUCGCAGGCGCUUUGGCCAGGACGUUUGCUGCUGGUGUCGUAAGCCCAAUUGAGAUGUUCCGAACGAGGAUGCAAGCCAGCCGGUCGAACGGUACCUAUUUUGCGGAGACUGUGAAGGGAAUUGGCGAGAUGGUUUCUACCCAUGGAUAUACGUCUCUAUGGCGUGGUUUGACAUUGACACUCUGGCGGGACGUACCCUUCUCUGGCAUUUAUUGGUGGGGAUAUGAGACGAUUAAGGGUGCAUUGAAAGAAGUCCGUGAACGAGAGCGAGGGCGACGGUCCAGUCGCGACAACGGAGGCGCCCGAGAUCGCCCAAGGACUAGAUCGCAGAGUCGGGAGAACCAUACGGAAGCAUUUACCGAUAGCUUCAUUGCCGGUGCGGCAUCUGGCGCUGUUGCUUCCACCCUUACCAUGCCAUUCGACGUCGGCAAGACUAGACAACAAGUCUUUGUGGACUCAACCACUCCCACCGCUGCGGGUGCCAAACGGGUUUUGGCCCCCGAGGAACGUUCUAUGCCGAGAUUUCUCUGGCAUAUAUUCAGCGAAUCUGGCAUUUCGGCGCUGUGGAGAGGAUGGAUUCCGAGGACGCUGAAAGUUGCCCCAGCAUGUGCAAUAAUGAUCAGCUGUUACGAAGUGGGGAAGAGGACAUUCAAGAGCCUGAAUGAGAGAGCGGAGCGGAAACGGGAAGGAAUCUGA